AUGGUUGCUAAGGGGGCGUGGCGCCCGGCCGCCCAACGGUCUCGCUGGUUGUUGGCGGCGGCGGUUGCGAGGGAAGAUGGCGGCGGCGGAGCUGGCGCUGCUGGAGGGGACGCUGGGCCUGCGGAAAGGGACCAAGUACGGCGCGCAGGGGGAGCGGCAGAUUCCUGUUCUGCAGACAAACAAUGGUCCUGGUCUGACAGGAUUAAUUACUAUAGCUGCCCACUUGGUCAAACAGGCUAAGAAAGAACAACUGCUUGGAAGCACUGCAGAGGAGAAGGCUGUCGUUCAGCAGUGGUUGGAAUACAGAGUGACUCGAGUAGAUAGAUGUUCUAGUAAAGAAGAUACUAGAACAAUUCUAAAGGAUCUUAACACACACCUCGAAGAUAAAGUCUACCUUGUAGGAAACAGUUUUACCUUAGCAGAUAUUUUGAUGUACUAUGGAUUGCAUCAUGUCAUGGUGGACCUCACAGUGCAAGAAAAGGAGAAAUACCUUAACGUGUCUCGCUGGUUCAACCACAUUCAACAUUAUCCAGGUGUCCGACAACAGCUGUCUAAUGUCGUCUUUAUCAAGAACAGAUUAUAUACUAAUGUUCCUUAAGGAAAAUUUUAAUGUCAUGUUGGAAUGAUGUUGAGAGUCUAGAAGUUAUGUCCAAAACCACUAAGUUGAAAAUACUGGUUUGUAACCUUCUAUAUGUGAACCAAAACUGGCAAUGCCUCAAAUAAUACUUGCAUUGAAUCGCUAUUGCUUGUUCAAGAAUUUGAACUAGUUACAGAAUUGUAUCAUGUAUCUGAUUAAAUGGAACAAUGGCAGAAAGAUGGAAAUUGAGUUUUAAUUCACUAUUUUUAAAAAAAAAAGUUCUUUCAAUUAAACAUUCAACUGUAAUUGCAUGGCCUUUGUAGGAACAAAUUACUUAAUUUCCUUUCAUUUUUCACUCCUAUUUAUUGAAUUUAUGCAUAUGUCCCCCUUUUCCAUUUUAUUUUCCAUGAAUGUUUACACUAGUUUUGUAAAAGUUAAGAGCUAUAUUAUGUGCCAAGGAUGUGAAAAAGGGAACAUGCAAAUGUUACAAAGUAUUUAAGUGACUGAAUAAAUUAUUUUGAAACUGUAGUCUUAAUUUGGCUGUGAAACUUUUUAGUUUAUU